GAAAUCAGCAAAUUUUAGCUUGCAAAAAUUCCGCAUUCCAUUUACAAAGUCGAGUGCAUAAAUGAGUCCAUAAAUCAAGAAGCACGCGGAUAACUAGUGCGUACUUAAUGUAAAUGUAAACGCCUACAAAGCGCCGACUUAUCGUUUCAAAAAGAACCCUGCAUAAACAGAAACACAUAAGUGAAACAAAAUCGGCGACAACAUGUUUGGAGGUCUAGGUGGGACUAUAUAAUGUCAGUAAGCCUGGUUGGUAAUCACAGCAGUAGGAGAAUUGGCCGAAAUGGAGAACUCGCAAAGUAAAUCCGCUUUGUUCUGGCUUGUAGUCAUUCUAGUCGUUUCUUUGGGAGAUUUUAUGCCCCUGGAGGAUAUGGACUCUCAGGAAAUGAUUGACUUGACGGAUCUGGGCGAUACUGUCUUCGGAAAUCCAGAUGUGAAAACCACAGGCGCUUUGGUCGAGGCUCACAAUGAGGAGUCCCCGCAGAACCCCGAGGAAUUGGGCACAUACCACGAAGGUGACAUAUUGAUCCCAUUGAGCUACAGGAAUGCCCGAUCCAACGGUACCCGCAAUGGCAUUUUGGCGCUGAGUUCCCGCUGGCCGGGCGGCGUUGUGCCUUACGAGAUCAAAGGACCCUUUACAAGCCAGGAAUUGGAAAAUAUCAAUCAUGCUUUUAAUGAAUACCACACCAGAACCUGUGUGCGUUUUAAGCCCAGGACCACCGAAAAGGACUACAUUUCGAUUGGAAGCGGCAAGUCUGGAUGUUGGAGCAGCAUCGGACGCUUGGGUGGUCGCCAGGAGGUGAACCUGCAGUCGCCCACCUGCCUGCGAACCUACGGCACUCCGAUCCACGAGCUGAUGCACGCCCUGGGCUUCUUCCACGAGCAGAAUCGCCAUGAGCGCGAUUCCUAUGUCCAGGUGAUGAGUGCCAACAUUAAGCCCGCGAUGAUGGCCAACUUUGAGAAGUCCAGCUCCAAAAAACAGUCCGGAUUCGGCGUGGAGUACGACUAUGGCAGUGUGAUGCACUACUCGGCCACCAGCUUCACCCGGAAUGGCCAGCCCACACUGAAGGCGCUGCGAUCCUCCUCCGAUGCCAGCCAGAUGGGUCAACGACGAGGAUUCUCCGCCGGAGAUGUGCGCAAGAUCAACGCCAUGUACAAGUGCAAGGUUUAGAUAAAAAGGAACAUUCUACCGGUUUGCUUCACAAACAUCGAGGUUUCAUAGACUAUCAGAAUAUGGAAUAUCAGAAUAAAUAUCCAAGUUUGAAAGAAAAUGCAUCCUAUAUCAGCCAGAACCAUGUCAAGAUCAUUGAAUAUUCAAUUAUAAUUUACUGAAAGUAUAAUAUUAUAAUAAUCUGUAUUUAUUUAUAUAAAGCUGUUUUAUG